UUGUAGUUGUUCUUGUUCUUGUUCUUGUACAGAGACGAAAAUGGCCUCUCGCGACAAGAAACCUGCAAAGCCCUCAACGAGUCGAACCGGCGGUAUCCGAACCCUCUCCGAUCUGAACCGCCCCUCUUCCGCUCACGACUCCGACACCGACUCCGAUGAAAUUCAAGAGUACUACACCGGCGGCGAGAAGAGUGGUAUGCUUGUGCAAGAUCCCUCAAAGGGUAAUGAUGUGGAUGCAAUUUUCAAUCAAGCCAGGCAGUUGGGAGCUGUAGAAGGACCCCUUGAGAACUCUCGUCCAUCUUCAAGCUCAAGAAGCUUUACUGGAACUGGAAGAUUACUUUCAGGAGAAACAAUACCGUCUGCUCCUGCACCUCAGCAGCCUGAGGCAGUCAUUCACAACAUUGUUUUCUGGAGAAAUGGUUUUACUGUAAAUGAUGGCCCUUUGAGGAGGUUGGAUGAUCCUGAAAAUGCACCUUUCAUGGAGAGCAUUACAAAGUCCGAGUGUCCAAAAGAGCUCGAGCCUGCGGAUAGAAGAUCCUCGGUUCACGUUAAUCUUAUUAGAAGGGAUGAGAACUGUCCUGAACCCGAGCAGCAUCAUAAUCCGUUUCAGGGUGUGGGAAGAACUUUGGGUGGUGGCAGCACAACUCAGCCAGCUCCCGAGCUAACCACUGACGCGUCUCUCAAUACUGCUCCAACCCCUUCUGCGGGCCUAGUUGUGGAUGAAAACAUGCCGUCAACCUCAAUUCAACUCAGGUUGGCUGAUGGAACACGCAUGAUUGCACACUUCAACUACCACCAUACCAUAGCCGAUAUCCGUUACUUCAUCGAUGCAUCUAGGCCUGGUGGUAGCAGGACUUAUCAGCUGCAGACAGUCGGAUUCCCUCCCAAGCCACUCACCGAUCCAUCCCAGACAGUUGAGAAAGCUGGUCUUGCAAAUUCAGUAGUUAUCCAAAAGUUUUGAGUCGGCUCACAAAAGUCCGUGCUAAUUUAAACCAAAUCUUUCGCUUUGAAGAAUCUUAAUAUGGGUUUAGAAGCACAACGUCUAUACUUCUGAGACCUUGCAGAUCAAACUCUUUGUGAUACUUGGAAAUUGUUUAUAAGAAACACCAUGGAUAAUUUCUCUGAGUAUGUGCUGUCUGUUUUGGCAAAUGAUUUGAUCAUUGUUUGUGUUAUAUUCCUUCUCACUGUGAUUUCUAAUUUGCC